AUGUACGAACACCAAAUUGUAUCAACAAACCGGUCGGAAAUCAUAACUCAUAACAUUGGUGAAUACCAGAACGAUGUAACAUCAUGUCACUCAAUUGCACCUCAGCCAUCAACUUCUAAACAUGCUGAUGAAUUGGAAUCCUCACCAUCUUCUUCUGAAGAAGCUGGACACAUAAGAAAAAAUAAAAAAUCAUAAAGUCUUAUACUCAGAAAUAUACCGCUGCAUUGGAACAAGAACCUGAAUUUAAAGGUUGGCUGAGGAGCAGCAAGAAAGGGUCCAAUUAUGCAUUCUGCAAGGCAUGCAAUAAAGAUUUCAUAUGUGGCAAGUCGGAAAUCCAGAAACAUUCUUCAGGAAAACAACACACCAAAUUGGUAAAAUCAUUACACACACAAAAAACUUUGACUGAUAUGAAAUCUUAUAUGGAAAAAAUAUCUUUAAAUAACAAAAUCAAAACUGCUGAAAUUCGAAUUGCAGCAUAUGCAGCUGAACAUAACAUUUCAUUUAUAGUCCAUUUAUCAGAAAUUAUUAGAAUAUCAUUUGACGAUUCAGAUUGCUAAAAAUUUCACAUGGUCUUGCACCAAAGCUACAGCUAUUGUCAAUAAUGUUUUAGGGCAGUACAGUUUUGAAAAUUCCAUUAAUUUAUUACAAACAAAUAAAUUUUCAUUAAUUGCUGAUGAAUCUACCGAUAAAGGCGAAAUUAAACAUUUAGCUUUAGUGGCAAGUAUUUUUUAUGAACAUAAAAUUACUGACAUGUUCUUUGGUCUAUUGCCUGUAGUAGAUGCAACGGCAGAAGGACUUUACAACACUAUUGUAAAUUAUUUUUUAAAAUGUAAUAUUAAUUAUAAAGAAAAUCUAAUAGGCUUUGUAUCAGAUGGUGCAAGUGCUAUGAUGAGAAUUCACAAUUCAUUAUGCAUCAAACUAAAAGCCGAUAUUCCUAAUUUAUUCAUUAUGAAAUGUGUCUGUCAUUCAUUUAGUUUAUGUGUUAAUUAUGCUUGUGCUAAAUUACCAGAUCACAUUGAACAAAUGGCUAGAGAUGUUCAUACAUAUCUACAAUACUGUUUUAAACGACAAACUGAAUUUGCAGAAUUUCAGGAUUUUCUAGCAGUAAAACAUCAUAAAAUUUUACAAGGUGGUUGUCUGUAUUGCGAGUUGAACAUG